AUGGCUCUUGCCAGACUCCAGCGGCAGAGUUGGACCCACGGGGGGAAACAGGAGGGGCCCCCUCGGCCCAGGACCCUCCGUGCCGCAGGGUCCGGGCAGCUGCGGCUGGUGGGGGGCGGCGGGCGCUGUGCCGGACGCGUGGAGGUGAAUCACGACGGUGAGUGGGGCUCCGUCUGCGUCUACGACUUCGACUGGGAAGCCCUCUGGGCCACCGUGGUGUGCCGGCAGCUGGGCUGUGGCCGCGUGGCCUCGGCGUCCCCGUACACCCUGUUCGGGCAGGGCAGCGGCCGGAUCUGGCUCCAGCCCUUCUUCUGCCGCGGCACCGAGGAGGUGCUGGAGGAGUGUCCGCACUUCGGAUGGGGCCAGCACUACUGCGGCCACGAGCGGGACGUGGGGGUGAUCUGCACAGAGGCCGUGGAGCUGAGGCUGGUGGGCGGCAGCGGUCCCUGCGCCGGGAGGGUGGAGGUGAAGCUGCGGGGACACUGGGGCUCGGUGGAAGAUUACAACUGGAACAUGGAGGAUGCCGAGGUGGUGUGCCAGCAGCUGGGCUGUGGCUCGGCUGCCGGCGCCUACGCUGCCCGCGACCGCUUUGGCACUGGGUCUGGGCCCAUCAACCUGGCCGUGGUGGACUGCAAGGGGGACGAGGCCACACUCUGGGACUGCAGGAUCCGCGGCUGGGGACCCUACAACGGUAUCCAUGAGUUCGACACUGCUGUCAUCUGCCAAGGGUUUUCCCGGCUGGUCGGGGGGGACAGAGCCUGUGCCGGGCGGUUGGAGGUGCGGCAGCACCGGGCCUGGGUUGGCGUCUGCGCGGAGCACAUGGACAUGAAGAUGGCCCAGGUGGUGUGCCGGGAGCUGGGCUGCGGCGUGGCACUGGCCAUCCCUGGCAGCGGCCGGUUUGGGGCGGGAACGGGGCCGCUGUGGGAGGGGGGGUUCAACUGCACCGGCACCGAGCCCCUCCUCAGUGCCUGCGCCCGGCGGGUGCCCCACAGCCCGGACUGCGCUGGCCACGCCACCAUCAUCUGCUCCUCCUACACGGGCUUCCGGCUGGGGAACAGCAGCUCGGGCUGUGCCGGGCGGGUGGAGGUGGCGGUGAGGGGCACGUGGGGGUCUGUCUGUGCCACCAACUGGGACCUGCCCGAUGCCGACGUCCUGUGCCGCCACCUGGGCUGUGGCCACGCCGUCACCGUGCCCCCGGGAGGCUCCUUCGGCAGCGGGGACGGGCCGCUGAGGCCGGACGCCUUCGGCUGCAGCGGGAGCGAGCGGCACCCGGGCGAGUGCCCCGUGGCGGUGCUGGGGAAGCCCCCCUGCACCCCGGGGAAUGCUGCCGCUGUCAACUGCUCAGGCAUCGUCAGUUCCCUGCGGCUAGUGGAGGGUGAGAGCCGGUGCGACGGGUGGCUGGAGUUGGCCAUAAGCCCUGGGGUCUGGCGCCGUGUGCCAGGAGAGGUUUUGCCUGAAGGGAAUUUCAGUGUGGUGUGUGGGAAGCUGGGCUGCGGUGGGCUGGACAAGAGCGAUGCUGUCGUUGGUACAGUCCCCGUGUGGAACAUGAGCGAUUCGGAGCAGAAUAUUACAAUAGAAGUGGUCCGCACUGUCUGGAAGAUGACCGACCAGGAGAUGUAUGUCUGGCUGAACGACUUUAUAGUCUGGGACAUGACCACUGGGCCAACCAGCAUCCCUCAUGGGGCAGCCAUCGUCUGCUCAGGCAGCCGGCGGGUGAGGCUGGCGGGUGGUGCCGGGCGCUGCGCCGGGCGCGUGGAGGUCUAUGCCGGUGGCACCUGGAGCAGCGUGUGCCAGGAGCGCUGGGACCUGCAGGCGGCCGCCGUUGUGUGCCGGGAGCUGGGCUGUGGCGCGGCACUGGAGGCACCCGGCUCGGCGCGCUUCGGCCCCGGCGCGGGGACCCCGUGGCCGUACGUCGUUGAGUGCGCCGGGAGCGAGGAGUCUCUCUGGGAAUGCCCACGCUCGGAACGGCGCAAGUGCGAGCGCGGGGCCGGGGCCGUCUGCUCAGAGCAGCUCUCCCUGCGGCUGGCGGGCGGGCGCGGGCGCUGCAGCGGGUACCUGGAGCUGCUCCACAACGGCACCUGGGGCCGCGUGUGCGCCACCGGCACCAGCCCCGGCACCGCCGCCGCCGUCUGCCGGCAGCUGGGCUGUGGGGACGGGGGGCAGCUGGCACCCGCCCCCGCCCAGCAGCCGGCCCCCGCCUGGCUGGCCUGGGUGGGCUGCGAGGAGGGGGCCCGCUCGCUCUGGGGGUGCCCCUCGGCACCCUGGCACCUGCAGGCCUGCGGCCCCGGAGGGGACGCCUACGUGGCUUGUGUGGAGGACAGUGACAACCCCAGCGAGACAGCCACCACCCCGUGCCCGGACGGGGCCACCUGCACAGCCGUCCCCAGCAGCAGCGGCCCUGCGGUGGCCGGGGGGACUGUGCCGGUGCCAAGCGCGCAGGUGGCCGGGGGGACUGUGCCGGUGCCAGUGGUCCUGUGCGUGGUCCUGGGGACGCUGCUGUGCCUGGCCCUGGGCGCCCUGGCCGUGCUGAUGUGCCGUGUCCGUGCUUGGCGCCGAGGCCCCGGCAGAGCCGUGGGUGCCAUCCCCGAUGCCAUCUACGAGGAGCUGGACUACAGCGCGAUGCCGGAGUACCAGGAGGUGCCCAGUCGCCCAGGUUCCUCGCAGGAGGGCUCAGUGAAGAAGCUGCUGUAUUACACCGGGAACAGCGUGGAGGGGAGUGACACCAGGGCAGCCCCAGCUGGAGGGGGAUGGCACAGCCAGUCCCUGCCAUGGCCACCGGGUCAGUGCCAUGUACCCCCGUGCCAGUCCCAGCCCCCCCUGCCCUGCCCGGGCACGGAAUCCCGGAUGGCUACGACGAUGCCAUGGCUGGAACCCCGGAUGGCUACGACGAUGCCACGGCCGUGCCAGAGGAGUCCCCUGCUUCCAGCACUGGGGACAUUUCCGAGGGGGUGGCACGAAGGGGCUGGAUCUGUGUCCCACCCACAGGUGGGAGCUGCCCCCUUCCAAGUCCCCCCGGAGCUACAAGGGACCCCCCGGGACAGCCCCCGGGACACAUGGACUAUGAUGAUGUCGGCACCGGCACCCUGCGGAUGUCGCAGUGAGGAUGCCCCGGCCACGCCCCAUCCCUGGGGACACGUGUGCAGGGUGGGGGGGCUCUGUGUCAUCAUCUUUGAUAAUGUCAUUUGGGGCACUCCGUUGUCACUGGAGGCUGAUGUUGCAGCGGAGAAAAUGAGUGGGGAAUCAAGAGGGUCAGGUGGGUUCCCCCAAAAGGGAGGGGACCAAAAUGCCCAAAAUUGCCUAAAAAUUCAUAGGGAGGGAUGGUGUGUCUCUGUAAAAUACUAAAGCCUUUUAAAUUUGUUAUUUUUAAAUAUAUUGACAAGUAAUACUAAUUCAUAUAAAAGCUCAUUUCAAAACAAAUCCUCGUAUCUGCUAUAUUAUAUGUGGGAUUUUAGGAUAUAAUAAAUUCCAAAUGUGGAUCCAUAGGGUUUGAAAAUUCAAAUAAAACUUUUGUAUGAAUAAGUUAAACACUGAAGGGCUGGAAAAUGUGAGGCAGGCACUCGCUGUGCAGCAGCAGGGGCAGCUCGGUGUG